CCCUUUGGGGCACAGACAGAUGGGGAUCAGGAAGCCACAUGAUGAGGGAACUUUGGAGGCUUUGGUCAAUUUAUAGCCUGUGCCUUAAAGGACUCAAGUUAUGGUUUAAAGUUUCUACGAUUUGUCGGAGGAUAUCCACCUACCUUAGUUGGGAUGAAAAUGCUUCCUUUGAGGAUGCUGUGCGGGCCCUCAACACCCUGCAGACCAAUGCUGGCUUCCUCGAACAGAUCAAGCAAGAGCGGGGAGACCCACAGGUCCAGCUGGAAGCCAUGAAGCAUUAUUUAAUGCGAAGUGGGCUGCAGAUAGAGGACUUAGAUCAGCUGAAGAUCAUCCAUGUGACCGGCACCAAAGGGAAGGGCUCUACUUGUGCCUUCACUGAACGUAUUCUCCGUGGCUAUGGCCUAAAAACUGGAUUCUACAGCUCUCCUCAUCUGGUGCAGGUUCGGGAGCGAAUCCGUAUUAAUGGUGACCCCAUCAGCCCUGAGCUCUUCACCAAAUACUUCUGGCGGCUCUACAAUCGGCUGGAGCAGACUAAGGAUGGCAGUUGUGUCAGUAUGCCCCCUUACUUCCGCUUCCUUACCAUCAUGGCCUUCCAUGUGUUCCUCCAAGAGAAGGUGGACCUAGCAGUGGUGGAGGUGGGCAUUGGUGGUGCUUAUGACUGUACCAACAUUGUCAGGAAGCCAGUGGUCUGUGGGAUAUCGUCUCUGGGCAUAGACCAUGUCAACAUCUUGGGUGACACUAUUGAGAAGAUUGCAUGGCAGAAGGGGGGCAUCUUUAAGCCUGGUGUCCCAGCUUUCACUGUGUCCCAGCCAGACUCCCCCCUGGAGGUUCUGAAAGACCGAGCCCGAAAGCUCAUGUGUCCGCUGUACCUGUGCCCCCCACUGGAGGCCUUUGAGGAAGAAGCACAGCCACUGCACCUGGGGCUGGCAGGCGAUCACCAGCGGAGCAAUGCUGCUCUGGCUCUGCAGCUGGCCCGGUGCUGGCUGCAACGACAGGGCCACAAGGGUAUUGGGGAGCUGAAGGCAACCAGGCUGACCUCCCGGCGAGCCCUGCCCCUGGCUCCUGUAUUCCAUCCCACCCUGCCCAUGAAGCAGGGGCUGCAGGACACAGAAUGGCAAGGCCGGACGCAGAUGUUGAGACGAGGCGCCCUCACCUGGUACUUGGAUGGGGCUCACACCACCAGCAGCAUUCAGGCUGGGGUGCGGUGGUUCCGCCGCGCAGUGCUCAACCAAGAGAAGCUUAACAAUGGCCCUGAGGUUCGGGUUUUGCUCUUCAAUGCCACUGGAGAACGAGACACAGCAGCUCUACUCAAACUGCUGCAGCCAUGCCAGUUUGACUAUGCUGUCUUCUGCCCCAAUCUGACUGAAAUGUCUCCUGUGGGAAAUGCAGACCAGCAGAACUUCACGGUCACCCUGGACCACAUGCUGACACGAUGUCUGGAGAACCAGAAACAGUGGAACCAGCUGGCAGAGGAGAAGGCAGGCAUGGACCCCUGGUUGGCCCAGGCCCCAGAACCCAGCAGUGGACCCUUGCAUGGGCCUCUUCUCCUGGUUCCUUCAGCUCCCCGGCCUCUCAACGCCAACUCUCUGGUCUUCAGCUGCAUCUCCCAUGCCCUGCAGUGGAUCAGUCAGGGCCGGGACCCCCACUUUCAGCCUCCCAGCCCUCCCCAGGGGCUUCACUCCCACCCUGUGGCCAGCAGUGGGGCUGUCCUCCUCAAGGAAGCCUCCUCCAUCCAGGUUCUGGUCACUGGCAGUCUUCACCUGGUGGGUGGUGUCUUAAAGCUCCUCGAUCCCACAUUGUCCCAGUAGUGGGGCCGGAGCUCAUUCCUGGAGGGGAGCAGUUCCCUCUGCCUGUGGCCUUUUCAUUUCCAUUCCUUCUCUCUUCCCUAUCUUCCCCAAACUCUUCCACGUCUGACAGGUGCCUUUUUUCCUUCUGCUUCUGAACUUUCCAUGCCAUGUAAGGCUUCCUGCUUUGAAGGAGGUGAGGUGUGGGGUGGGGAGGUGGGAAUGGGGUGAGAGAAGGCCUCUUCUUUUGUUACCUCCCUCAGAAGGGAACUGUGUGUGCUAGAUUUCUCUUCCUGGGAGGCCAGGAGGGGCUCAGCUGGGCCAGGCUGUUUCUCCAGUCUCAGAUGGGUACAGCUUAUCUCACCAGAGUAAGACUGAUCAGGAUUCCUGGGUCUCAGUCCCAACCCAGCCUUCCACUGACAAACUGUGCUGACUUGUGCAAGUCCCCUUGAGGCAACCCACUCUGUGCCUCAGUUAUCCUGUCACUGGAAAAUGGGAGGAGGCGUACCCCCCUCCACCACUGCUGUUACAAUCCUCUCCCCCAGUCCUGCCCUGAAGGGCACCCAGACUCUGACACCCCCCAGCCCCCGCCUGGGUGUCCUCGGGAGCCCGGAAGCUGUGGAGCCGGAGGCCUUCCUGGCCCGGGCCCAGUACAUUGUGUGAGCAGGCUGGCUGGAGGCCCAGGGCCCUGCUGCUUGAUAGAUUUCCUCCUCCCAGAGGGUUCUGGGAAAGCUGAGGGCCCUGACCCUGGGUGGGGUUUGGUCCUAAGGAGGGGGCAGAGCAGAGUCAUGGAGUACAAGAUGAUAGUAAGUUAAAGCUUUUUUAAUUAAAAAACUUUUUGUUUCCCAAGAGA